UUGACUUCACAUGCACAAACACGCUUAUAUAACGGCGAGGAACCCAAAUCCCCAUUCUAUGCUUCGCCGAAUCGUCAAGUUUUCACUUCCCUCAAAUCCAAACCCUAAUUCCAUUCAAUUCAAUCGUAUACUCUCUCUAGCCGACAUACUGUCCCGAUUGCCGGUGAAGCCGGUUCUUCGAUUCAGAUCCUUCUCUGCGCAUUGGGGUGCCCUAAUCGACAGUUCAGAUUUCAAUAGGUUGCAUCUGAAUCGAUCAAUCAAUCGAAACCAAGACCAAUCUGAGAGACUACAACCACCUCUAUUUGGUCGAUUUUGAUUCGUUUGAUGUGCGGUGUAUGCAUGCAGGUAUGGCUUUCUUGUAAUGGCGUUGUUUUGUGGAACCCCCAUCUACUCGAAACGGUCUAAUUGAGUUCCAAAAUCUAUCUAGGUAUUAUGUGAGGCGCAUUUAUGGAUUUGGGUAUAAUAGUGCUAGUGAUGAUUUCAAAGACAUGAGUGAUGAUGAUUAUAUUGAUUAUGAAGUUCAUGACACAGGGCUGAGAAAUUCCCUAAUUAUCCUAAUUUGAAUCAAGUAGGUGGUGUAUUAGCCAGUGGUUCUUUGCAUUGGGUUGUGACUCAAGAACCCUAGGUCCAUAAAGGUAGCUUGAUUGUUGGUUUUGAUUUGAGGUUCAUUUAUGGGUGAUGAAAGAUUCUGGAGUGAAGGAAUCGUGAACCUAAGUUAGUUUCAGCCCGAAUAUGAGGCAAAACACAGAAGGGCUUCUUUGGUAUGACCCAUAAUGGAAGACGGUCAAGCAAGUUAUGAUUUGCGUCGGACACGAAUUGUGGCAAGUGAAGAUGUGGGUGGGAAGCCUUGUUCCUCUCAACGGUGGUGGUGAAAGUGAUGGGAAGAGACAACAAGAGCAAAAGGAGACGAACAGUUAACUUGAAGUUGAAAGACAAAAUGCAAGCUAAUGAUGCUGAGAUUAAUAAAAUCCGAGCAAAAAAACUGCUUGCGAAUGAGUUGGGCAUCACAUUUGUUUCCUUUUCUCAGAAUAAUCAUGAUCCAUCCAAGUUAGUGGCAGAGACUCCAUGUGAGCUACUAAGGUAUUUGAUCUUCUUGUCAUAUAUCUGUGUACCAUUCCUGAAACAUGUUUUCUUGAGCUUUUUCUUUGUUUUCUCGUCCUUGGUUUUUCCCUUUUUGUUGCAGUGAAUUGGCUUUGAAUUAUAUGCAAAUCCAAUGGUUAGAUCAUCUUUAAUUCAGAAACAGAAUAUUCUUUUGAGGGAGGGGGAGAGAGAGAGAGAGAGAGAGACUAACAUGGUCUGCACAAGGGUUUUGUGGUUCCAUUUCUUGCUUGCACAAGGGUUGUCAAAGCAGAAAAAAGGAAUAGAGCCAGUAGGUUAUGACACUCUGCAUAGUUGGGCUAAAUGGCAAGUUAAAUCAAUUCAGGGUGGAGAUUUAAUGGUUGUUCCUAAGAUUAGAUCCUACCGAUUUUCAUGCUAAAACUACAAUUUGCUAGCCACCCAAAAACAGUAGGUUGCAUCAAUCUUCACUGCUUUCACAUUUCUCGUUGCUAGUUUCGAUAUGUCAUCUCUGUUAAAGGUUGUGGGCUCAAGUCACUUGACACCAUCUGGAAAAGGCUGCCAUUUUUUAAUACUACAUCCUGCAGUUUAUACUUUGUGCUGAUUUACUCUGCUGUUGCGACAGAGAUGGUAGGGAUGCUAAUAGAAACUAUGAUCCAAGAACUCUCUACUUGCCUCCUGAUUUUUUUAAGAGCUUAACUGGUGGCCAGGUAAUAAUUUUAUAUGGUAACUAGUUCAGACUAAUCUGCCAAGAGACCAUAAAUGGGACAACUUUGAUUCACAAUUAACUUUAAAUUUUCCCUAAAUUCCGUCUUAGGAUGUGGAGGUGGUUAAGAGAUCUUAUAUUCUAAAAAUGCUAAUGCUAAUAGAAGAAAGACGCCCGGGUGAUGUAAACUCUGAUUUACUCUGCUGUUGCGACAGAGAUGGUAGGGAUGCUAAUAGAAGAAAGAUGUCCUGGAUACGCUAGGCUAAUAAACACUGCACACUACAUGAAACUGGACACGCCACUUCAGAAAAUGAAACUUCAUUUUUUUAAUUUGUGCUUUUUAUCUUGUUUCAAUUAUGAGAUGUUUUCAAAACGAAAAAAAGAAAAAGAAAAAAGAAGAGAGGUUCAAGUAUCUUUUCUUUCUAUGAAUAGUUACAUGCUUUCUGCUAUACAAGAGUUACAACAUAAAUAGAAGGAAAAUGGGUCUGCCUUCGUUUAUCAAUUUAAGUGUUCUAAAUGAUAGUUUUUGCCCAAAAUGGAUUACGACAAUGAUAGGUAUGAUUUGCCCUCUUCCAUUCAUCUUUUGAAUGUAAUUUAUAGGAUGCGUUGGAUUUGUUUCUUUUUGUGGCUUCUAGAUUGCUUUUAAGGGACUUACGUGUAGGUCUUAAUAGGUGAAUUUAUUGUCCAAUAGGUCCUAUAAUAAUUAAUGAUGUUUUUCAUCAACACUAUUAAAAAACAUUAAUAAUUAAUUUUCAGU